UAACAAAAAAAAUGGAAAAAGGGGUUUGGCAAUAAUAACCCAAAUCCAAACCCCUCACUCUCUCUCACAAACCAAACAAUGGGAAACACACAGGCCCAACACUCCUCUACUGGCUCUUCUUCUGCCAAAGCUCCCUAUCAGAAAGAAGAAAAAGAAGAAGAAGAAGAAGAAGCAGAGGAAUCAAGAAUCACUUGUGAAAUCUGUAUAGAGCCCAUUCCAAAAAGCCAGAAAUUCAAGAACAAGAAGAGGUGUGAUCAUUCAUUCUGCACAGAUUGUAUUGCAAAAUACAUAGAAGCAAAGAUGGAAGAAGAAUUGGCUUCAAACUUGAAAUGCCCAGGUUUGAACUGUGAGGUGCCAUUAGAUCCUAUUUCAUGUCGUUCAAUUCUCACCCAGAGACAGUUUGAGAAGUGGUGUGAUGUGCUCUGUGAAGCCACAGUUCUAAAGUGGGAGAGAGUUUACUGUCCAUACCAAGAUUGCUCUGCUUUGAUCUUGAAUGAGUGUGGAGAGAGUGGUGUUAAGAAAACUAAAUGCCCUAAUUGUAAGAAACUGUUCUGUUAUCUUUGCAAGAUUCCAUGGCAUGUAGGUCUUGGUUGUGAAAGAACAGUGGAGAUGAGGGAAAGGAAUGAGAUUUUGUUUACUGAGCUUGUUCAGAGGAAGAGGUGGACUAGAUGCCCUAUCUGCAAACAUUGUGUGGAACUGGUUUCUGGCUGCCCGGUAGUUCGAUGCAGUUCUUUGUGGAUGCAGAUGUGGUAUCAGUUUUUGCUAUGGUUGUGGAAGGAAAACUCCUAAUCAAUUGUGCUGGUGCAAGAGAACAGUGGCCCACAGCUUCUGUCUACUUCUUGUUCUUCUUAUUAUUAUCAUCUUGGUUUUAGGUGUAUUUGUUGGAAUCUUUAUGGGGAUUAGGGCAAUAAUAAGGAGGUAGCAUGCAAUUAUUUAUGUUUCAACUUAUAUUUUAGCAGAAGAUCAUCUGUUUUUGAUUUAUGUGUCUUUGUUUCAAGGUCAGUUAUUAUAUUCUACCCAGAAAAAAGUAGAUGAUUUAAUGUCAUCUUUCUCAAGUGAUUUAAAAAUGAAUAUGGUUUUGGUUUCUCUUUUAA